CGGAACCGGAGCGCGACUGACUGGGACUGAUCCCCCGCGGGCACCCGUACCGGGCAGCGGAGCCGGAGCCAGCCUGACCCCCGCCGGCCCCCGUAGCCGGCCCCGCCAUGGCGCCGCGCGACUACGCUGCCGAGAAGGAUAAGGUGAAGCGCUUCCUGCAGGAGUUUUACCGCGAUGGCGACCAGGGCAAGGAGUUCCCGUACCGGGACCAGCUGGCCGCGCUGGCGCACCGCGAGCAGGUGGCCCUGUACGUGGCCCUGGACGACGUGGCCGAGGACGAGCCCGAGCUGGCGGAGGCCGUUUGCGAGAACGCCAAGCGCUACAGCCGCCUCUUCGCCGACGCCGUCCACGAGCUGCUGCCCCAGUACAAGGAGCGCGAGGUCACCCGCAAGGACGUGCUGGACGUCUACAUCGAGCACCGGCUGCUGCUGGAGCAGCGGGGCCGCGACGCCGGCGACACCCGCGACCCCCAGAACCAGUAUCCGCCCGAGCUGCUGCGCCGCUUCGAGCUCUACUUCAAGGCCCCGUCGACGGCCAAGGCCCGGGUGAUCCGCGACGUCAAGGCCGACUCCAUCGGGAAGCUGGUGACCGUCCGCGGCAUCGUCACCCGCGUCACCGAGGUCAAACCCAUGAUGGUGGUGGCCACCUACAGCUGCGACCAGUGCGGAGCCGAGACCUACCAGCCGAUCCAGUCGCCCACCUUCAUGCCGCUCAUCAUGUGCCCGAGCCGGGAGUGCCAGACGAACCGCUCCGGCGGCCGCCUCUACCUGCAGAGCCGCGGCUCCAAGUUCGUCAAGUUCCAGGAGCUGAAGAUGCAGGAGCACACCGACCAGGUGCCCGUGGGGCACCUCCCGCGCUCCCUCAGCGUGGCCGUGCACGGCGAGAACACCCGCCUGGCGCAGCCCGGCGACCACGUCAGCGUCACCGGCGUCUUCCUCCCGCUGCUGAAGAGCGGCUUCCGCCAGAUGGCCCAGGGGCUGCUCUCCGAGACCUACCUGGAGGCUCAUCGCAUCGUGAAGAUGAACAAGAGCGAGGAGGACGAGGCGGGCGCCGGGGAGCUCACCGAGGAGGAGCUCCGGCAGAUCACAGAGGAAGACUUCUACGACAAGCUGGCUUCCUCCAUCGCCCCCGAGAUCUACGGCCACGAGGACGUGAAGAAGGCGCUGCUGCUGCUGCUGGUGGGCGGCGUGGACCGGAGCCCCCACGGCAUGAAGAUCCGAGGAAACAUCAAUAUUUGCCUCAUGGGGGACCCCGGCGUGGCCAAAUCGCAGCUCCUGUCCUACAUCGACCGCCUGGCGCCCCGCAGCCAGUACACGACGGGCCGGGGCUCGUCGGGCGUGGGGCUGACGGCGGCGGUGCUGCGCGACCCGCUGACGGGGGAGCUGGCGCUGGAGGGCGGCGCGCUGGUGCUGGCCGACCGCGGCGUCUGCUGCAUCGACGAGUUCGACAAGAUGCUGGAGGCGGAUCGCACGGCCAUCCACGAGGUGAUGGAGCAGCAGAGCAUCUCCAUCGCCAAGGCGGGCGUGCUGGCCACCCUCAACGCCCGCUGCGCCAUCCUGGCCGCCGCCAACCCCGCCUACGGCCGCUACAACCCCAAGCGCAGCCUGGAGCACAACAUCCAGCUGCCCGCCGCCCUCCUGUCCCGCUUCGACCUGCUCUGGCUCAUCCAGGACCGCCCCGACCGCGAUAACGACCUGCGCCUGGCCCAGCACAUCACCUACGUGCACCAGCACAGCCGGCAGCCGCCCUGCUCCUUCCAGCAGCUCGACAUGAAGCUCAUGAGGCGCUACAUCGCCACGUGCAAGCGGAAGCAGCCGGCGGUGCCCGAGGCGCUGGCCGACUACAUCACGGCCGCCUACGUGGAGAUGCGCAAGGAGGCCUGGGCCAGCCAGGACACGACCUACACCUCGGCCCGCACCCUGCUCGGCGUCCUGCGCCUGGCCACGGCCCUGGCCCGGCUGCGGCUGGUGGACGUGGUGGAGAAGGAGGACGUGAACGAGGCCAUCCGGCUCAUGGAGAUGUCCAAGGACUCGCUGCUGGGGGACAAGGGACAGCACAGCCGGGCGCAGCGGCCGGCGGACGCCAUCUUCGCGGCGGUGCGGGAGCUGGCGGGCGGGCAGGGCCGGGCCGUGCGCUACGCCGAGGCCCUGCAGCGCUGCCUGGCCAAGGGCUUCACCGCGGCGCAGGUGGCCGCGGCGCUCGCCGAGUACGAGGAGCUCAACGUGCUGCAGGUGAACCCGGCCCGCACCCGCAUCACCUUCGUGUGACGCCGCGACGUCCCCCGUGUCACCCUCACGGGACGCUCCCCGCUCCCUGCACCCCCUCUGACGCCGGGACGGUGCCUCCAUCACCUUCGUGUGACGCCGCGACGUCCCCCGUGUCACCCUCAUGGGAUGCUCCCCGCUCCCUGCACCCCCUCUGACGCUGGGACGGUGCCUCCAUCACCUUUGGGUGACACGGGGACGUCCCCUGCGUCACUGUCAUGGAUGCUCCCCGCACCCGGCACCCCCUCUGAUGCCACGACGGUGCCUCUGUCACCUUCGGGUGACACCGUGUCACUGUUACGGGACACUUCCUGCUCCCCACACCCCCUCUGAUGCCAGGACGGUGCUUCUAUCACCUUCGGGUGACACGAGGAUGUCCCCAUGUCACCGUCGUGGGACGCUCUCCGCUUCCUGCACCCCCUCUGACACCGGGACAAUGCCUCUGUCACCUUCGGGUGACACGGGGACCCUGCGUCACCCUUACAGGACGCUCCCCACAUCCCCUCUGACACCAGGAUGGUGCCUCUGUCACCUUCGUGUGAUGUGGGGACGUCACUGUUACGGGACGCUCCCCGCACCCCCCCUCUGACGCAGCGACGGUGCCUCCAUCGCCUUCGGGUGACGCCGCGUCACCGUUACGGGACGCUCCCCGCUCCCCGCACCCCCUCUGACGCCGCGACGGUGCCCGUCACCUUCGGGUGACGCGGGGACACGCAGCGCUGUCCCCUGCGCGGGGCGGAACGAGCUCUGGCUCCGUCCCGCGGCACUUAACCGUGUCCCCGUCCCCUCCCGCUGCUUUUAGCCCAGUUUCUCUCAUUACAUGUUUCUUGUUAAUUAAAAACCUGUUUCUCACUGA